AUGGGCAGUAACACCUCACUGGAGCCGCUUUUGAUGGAAGGCGACAGAGAGUGUGAUAACAGCAGCCCUGACUUCAACGAGAAGAAUAAUCCUCGAUCUCCAUUUUUCACUCGCAAGUCCCUAUCGGUGUUCAUUGCGAACUUUCUUCUCCUCAUUCUCUCAGUUGUGAUCCUUGUUUUUGCGAAAUUCGAGUCCUCCAGGCAAUCGAGCCUUUGCACUAAAGAACAUUCUUUCUACUCACCGGCAUUGGAAGGGGUAAAGUAUGAAAAGGUUCGAUUUGCUGGUCUCCCGGAGUUGGAUUCAAAAUGGAGAGGGCCCCCUAGUUCUUUGCUUGAUGAGGCAUGGGACAACGUCACUUCCAAAGUCCCAGAGAUCCCUGUUGAUGAAAGUGUCGUUCAUCGAACGCAUAACCAACUCGAUAUAAACUCUUUGACACGGUUUCCACCUGAGUUUGGAGGGCAGAUAUACAGUGAGGUAGAAUGGAAACAUCAGUUACACUGUCUGAAUCUCAUGCGGAAGUACAUACAUUUCGAUUACUAUAAAAAUACCACGUCUCUAUUCUACGCAUACUCUUCCGACGAGAUUGUAAACCAUUUGGCUCACUGCAUCGAUAUGCUCCGUCAGUCUGUUAUGUGUAACGCCGACACGGGGCUGAUAUUUUCAUAUUGGAUCGAAGGACAUGAUCACAAGCACGUCGAUUUCAAUAACGAGCAUGUCUGUCGGAAUUUUGAGAGCUUGCUGGAAUAUCAGCAGCAGAAUGGUCACCUAAUUGCACAGAAAUUGCUUGUUAGACAUCCUGGGGCAGUCGAUCUUCCUGACUAUCCGGAAAAUGUGACUCGACUAAUGAUGCGACCUGAAGAAAGAAACAAAUACUAUCUCUAA